CAUUUAUAGAUGAGCUAACCAGCAGUUUCGAUUCGCUUGCAAAGUCAAUUUUACAGCUGAUGACGUUACUAGCUCAUUUUCUAGAUUGUGAAUAGAUACACAAUUCUGUUGCAUACGUUAAUAUUCAUGAUUUCUCCUGGGUGUGCUAAUCCUGGGACAUACGUUUAAAAUAGACUAUUGUGUGAUAGGACCGGGGGUUUCCCGAAGUUUGUUUCAUGGUAAGAAUAUAUCAGGUGAGCUCUCUCAGUCCCGUUCAAAUUUCAAGCUAUCUUGAAUUCAUCUCCAAUAAGUGCUCAUAACAUCGCGACGAUGGAUCACGGAUUGAAACGGUUUGUUUUUCUCGUUCUGGCUCUUUGCAGCCUGAUGGAGAUCACCCACACUUGCACCAUCAGCAAGUUUGAAGAUGCUGCUAAGGCCUGCGUGAUUGGGUUUGCACGCAGCUUACGAGAGACCAAAAACAAGACUUGCAGUAACCACUACGGUUUGAUGAAAAACUGCAUACAACAGGCAUUCAACGAAUGUAAGAGCUCUACAGAUCGAGAAACCACUCUGGACGAAAAAAAGCGCAUCGUUAUUGCCUCGGAGCAGUAUUAUUGCUCCUAUGGCGGAAUAAAUCCCUUCAACGGAAAAAUUGUGCAAGGAUGUCCAAAGAAGGCUCAAAAGAAAAUGAGGAAGUGUUCAUCAAAGUUCCAUAAACAUUUCAAAGGUGACAGUGGAAGCACUUCCUUGUGCAGAAAAUACGACAAGGUCAAGAAAUGCAUCAUAAGGGUUGCGGAGAAUUUGUGUAAAAAGACAAUUCAGGUGAAGAACCUUAUGGAAAUCUUCAAAAAUCCCUUCAAUCCGUACUGUUCUGACAUAAGAAGUAGCUUUUCCAGCCGCUUUGGCUCGUGCACCAGACGAGAGUACUUGAACAGGAGCCGUGACUGCUUGGCAAAUUUUAUACGGACGCUGAAAAAAUAUCCCAAGAAGCCUUGCGGGUUGGUAUUUCGGAAGAGGCUUCACAACUGCGCUAAAAACGUGGCUCUCCAUUGCCAUAAGAACGAUACCAGCUACAAUAAGAAGAGGAUAGAGACUGGGUUCAAGAAAAUGCGAUCCUUUAACCAGCGACGAUACUGUGACGGCUUUCAGUUCCAGUUCCCUUACCCAGCGGUAAAGUCCGGCCAGUGCACAGACAGUUACUUUGAACACAGGAAAAAAUGUAGUUACCAGUUUGUGGAAGCAUACAUUAAGAAGAAAACGGAAAAGUCUUUGUGUGGGCAAUACGCUGAAGCCAAACGCUGUGCAAAGAAUGUUACCCUGGAGCACUGUAACGUCACACCAAAGCUGGAAGAUGACAUCGAUUUCAUCUAUGAUGAAUUCAAUCCAUUUUGCGCUAAGCGCAAAGAUCCUUUACCUAAACCUCAAUGGAGACGUGUCAAGAAACCACGCAGAUCUCUGCCACCGGACGUCGAGAGAAAAAUUAGCACCUCUGGGGGAAAGUCAAUCAGUUCAAAGGUGUCCACUCUUGUUGCCAUACCGUGUUUCUUAGUACUAACCAUUAUCUCCUAAUUUUUAAUUUUUUUUUCUCUAUAGAGUUAGAAGACAUGUUGUGCACACUUUGAAGAAGUCUCUAUACUUUGUAAAAACUUCUUUGGUAGUAAAAGGUUUUACAAUUAGCACAAAUUUGAAGUUGUUCGCACUCGGUCAGAAUUUUUUACCAAAGAAAUAAAAAACUUUUCCGAGAGUUUAUUAUUGCCACUCAUGAUGAUAUAUGUAACUUAAUUUAAUAGUGACCGGCUAUAAGAAAAAGUAUGAAGUUGUUAUAUAUAGAGAUAGAACCUAUUAAAUUAGUCACUUUAACUUAAAAACUACAUGCAUAAUUCGAGAUUGAAAUUCUGUACGUAGUACUCGCUAACUUAUUAGGUUUCUCAGAAGGGAACAAACUAAUAUAUAUUUUACUUCAAUAAAUUUUAUUAUUAUCGUUGUUAUGAUUAUUAUUAGUAUCAUUAAGUUACAAGAAUCUGGCACGACAGAAAACACCAAAGGACCUUUACAACACCUCCAAGGUUCAUAGCUUAAAUCGAGGCAGAGAAUCGAACACACGUAUUUUCAGUCGCAGUUUCAUUCACUUUUCGUCACAUUUCCUCCAUAACACUUCCUAUUCUCUAACUAUUUAAUAAACUAUUUAAGAUUAGGUAGAGUCAGUUUUCAAGUAUGGAGAAUAGUAGGUACUUGUCUAAGAUUAGAUGAUGCAUAUAUGAGUAGAAACUGUUGCGAGUCUUGAAUAGUCAUUGACAAAAAGAAAAUGUUCAUUUGUACAUUUAAAUUGAGUCAAUAAAUUUCAGAUUUUAUUCAUUUCAUAA